AUGAUGUUUGGAUCAUAAUCUAUUAUUUUGGAUUAAUUUGAAGUGAUUUGUGUGCUGGUUGCAUUUUGUGUCAAUUAGAGUAAAUUAUCAACAGAGAAGCAGUAAAAAAAUGGAAAAAUAAAGUUAAUUUAUAGGUUAAUAAAUUAGUGCCAUUAUUAUUUUUUACACAUUAACCUAUUUUAGAAAUAAUUAAAUAAUGGAUUACUUGAAAGAACCACAAUUAGUAGCUAAAAUUCAAAAUUUCUUUGGUGUUAAAACAAAUUUCAUUGACACAAAUGUUAAUAGUGAUUUACAUAAAAUGUCUAGCGGUCACAGUAAGGAGUACAUUUUAACAAAUAAAUAUUGGUAUUAUUUAUUUAUAUUUGGAACAGCACUAGGAGACGAGACUUUUUACUCAGCAUUUAUACCUUUCUGGUUCUGGAACAUCGAUGGGGCUGUAGGAAGAAGAGUGGUGCUAGUUUGGGCUAUUGUUAUGUACGUAGGACAGGGAAUUAAAGACAUAAUCCGAUGGCCUCGACCAGGACCACCGGUAGUUCGUUUACAAAAUAAAUGGGCUCUAGAAUACGGCAUGCCUUCUACACAUGCCAUGGUGGGCGUUUCCAUUCCAUUUUCCGUUCUCUUAUAUACAAUGAAUAGAUACCAGUAUAACGUACCGCUAGGACUGUGCAUUGCGAUCUUGUGGUGUACAGUAAUAUGUAUUAGUCGAUUAUAUCUUGGAAUGCAUACCGUUUUGGACAUUAUCGCAGGAUUAGCAUUGGCUGUGGUCAUCAUGUUUCCAUUAGUGCCCUUGGUUGAUCAGUUAGACGAUUAUUUUCUUACAAUCCCAACGGCUCCGUUUUUACUACUCGUUUCAUCUAUACUUAUGAUCGUUUAUUAUCCAAAUAGUGGCAAAUGGACCCCAACGAGGGGAGAUACGACCAUGAUCCUAUCUGUCUGCGUCGGCAUUCAUAUAGGGGCUUGGCUGAAUUACCAAACCGGUCUGAUGACACCCUCCGAGCUGACAGCGCCUUACGUGAUAAUGUGGCCCUCGUACACGAUGCUAGGUUGCAUGGUUCUGCGUACGAUACUCGGUUUCGCCUGUGUUAUAUUAACGAGGAUCGUGUGCAAAAGCGCCACGUAUCAUUUCCUCUGCGCUCUUUUGAAAGAAGAUGUGGACGUGCUGAAAAAAUCCGAAAACACCCUGCAGAACAAGCACAAGACUAUCGUCGAGUUAGGUUGCAAGUACGUGUAUUGCGCGAUGAUCGGGUUUAAUACGCUUUAUCUGCUACCUCAGCUGUUUAGGUAUUUGAGAAUCGAGAGGCCAACUUUUUUCACGGAAAUCUGAUAAUGUUGUUUCCUUUUAGUAUUUGCUAUUAUUUAUGAGUAAGAAAUAUAAUUCUUUUAUUUA